AUGAUAGUGAGUGUUGGAGCGUAUGCAAUAUUUGGAGCACUUGUUAUGAGAAGUUUGGAAUCGAAGACUAUCACGACAAUCGAGAAGAAAACUGAUGUUCAUCGGAGACAUCUCAACUUGAGUUCUAGUGUGGAAAUCCAAAAUGUGCCACCGAUUCCAUCAGAGCUGAGACAUCGGAGAAGGAGAAGACAUAACGAUACACUGGAUCAGUUUUCUGAAAAAAUGUCUCGAGAAAAACGUGCAGCCGCGCAUAUCAUGAGAAGUCGGAAAUGUGUCAUCAGUGUUAUCAAGAAAAUGUCGAGUCUCGAGUGUUCGAUGGACACAUUGGAUGAGAAACUAGUGAAAGCACUGGAUGAGUGUUACCACGUGGCAGUUGAACAUAAUACUCAUGUCAAUCAUGUUCUUUAUGAGAAUAGUAAAGAAGAAGUUGAGUCAGUUGGAGAGGAAUCAGAAGAGGAAAUUGCCGAGUGGUCAUUCAUGGACUCGUUGCUGUUUGCAUUCACUGUUAUCACUACUAUUGGAUACGGAAACGUGGCUCCCCGUACUUUCGGUGGUCGUCUGUUUGUGAUUGGAUAUGGAUUAAUUGGAAUUCCAUUCACUCUUCUGGCAAUUGCAGAUCUCGGAAAAUUCAUAUCCGAAAUGAUGGUAGUCGCAAAGACGUUCUGCAAGAAAACGUGGAAAAAACUGAAAAAGGCGUGGAACCCAAACUUCAUCCGUUAUCCGAAACUAUCCGGAGCGAAAGAUCUCUCGAAUACAGACAUUGAAGAGAAGAUUCUGGAAAAUGAGAAGAUUGAAAACGAGAUAGAAUCAUCUGAAACAUCAGAAGAAGAAGAUGAUCUGACAGAGACAGAAGCCACUUCUCUAUUCAUUUUAUUCCUUUUAUAUAUUGCAUUCGGUGGAAUGAUGUUGGCUGCUUAUGAGCCUGAUAUGGACUUCUUCAAGGCGGUUUACUUCAAUUUUGUCACGUUGACUUCGAUUGGAUUGGGAGAUAUUGUUCCGAGGAGCGAAACCUACAUGCUCAUCACAAUUGUCUAUAUUGCAAUCGGUCUUGCUCUCACUACAAUUGCUAUUGAAAUCGCCGCGGAUGCAUUGAAAAAGUUACAUUACUUUGGAAGAAAAAUCGAGAAUGUUGGAAAUGUUGCGAUCUGGUUUGGUGGUAAAAAAAUAACGAUGAAAGCACUCGUAAAGAAUCUGGGUGAUCAAUUCAAUCUUCCAACUACCGUAGUCAAAAGUCUCAAUUUGGAUCAUUUCGUAGAUCAAGCGAUAAAAGUGGAAGAGGGAGAGAUUGAAACACUUCGGCCACCACCGUUUGAGCCCGAUUCGGAGAGAUUCGAUGCGGAAUUCGCGGAUGAACCAGAAAGUGAAUGGAUCCGUGACCCGACUCCAACACCUCCACCAUCUCCUCAACCAGUCUAUCGUCUUCCAUCACCUAAACCGAAAACCCCUUCCCCACUGCCAAGUCCAUCGAUAACUGAUAAAUCAAUGGCUAUUGCGACACCAUCACCAGAAGAAUCAGAGGAUGAUGAAGAACUAAUCCUUCCAUCACCCGAACCGAGUCCAAUACGUGAACCGACACCUUCUCCACCUCCAAGAGAACCGACACCACGUGAACCAACUCCUGAACCAGAACCGUAUCGGGAACCAACACCUCCGCCACCGCCUCCUCCGAAACCUCGCCCCUUGACCGCCGCUGAAAUAGCUGCUCAGAAGCGUAAAGCGUACAGUGAAGAAGCGUGGCGUCGAUACCAAGAAUAUCAGAAACAAUGGAAGAAAUUCCGUCAGACUCAGAAGACACCGGCUCCCGGAGCAUCAACAUCUGGAGCAUCAACUUCAAAACAGUCAGGAGCAUCACCUGAAGGAGGAGGACAAACAGGUACUGGACCAUCAACAAGAAGUCAAUCAGUCACUUCUGUUGCUUCUGGAAAAACAUCGAGAAGUGCGACACCGGAGAGCAAGAAAUCAUCACAUCCGAGUAGUUCGUCGAGGAGAGAAAGUGGGGCGAAGUGA